AUGCUCUCUCCGCCGCUCGCUGGCGUCCCGUCGGCGGCGCUGAGGUCGUCCCUAGAAGGAAGUCGCCUUCUAGCUCUGUGGCGAGCCUUCGAGGGUCAUGUUGAUGCCUUGGCGGCGGCCCUUUAUGGAUUGAACAGCUACUCACCUUUCCCAUUCGAAGUAACGGUGGUCGUUAUUGUUUUUAGCUGCAUAGCGAUCCGCCAAAUCGUGCUGUGGUACUUCUUUGACGUCCCCACGAAGCAUGCGUACGUCUACUGGAAGCUGCACGAUCACAUCGAAUCGGCUUACUACACCCUCUACCUGCCGUCGAACCACAUAUGCACAGCACUGCUGCUGUACAUAGUGCGAAAGCUUUGGCAAGAGAAACCCCUCACCACAGCCGAGCUGCGGAACAAGUCGUUUAUAAUCAACCUGCUCUCUCUCUACUCCAAACCCAGCGAAGCAGAGCUCUACGGCGAUGUCGAAGGGCCGAUGUUUUCGUUCCGCGACAAGUUGAUGUUGCCAGUGAAGCUGCCCAUGUACCCCUUCUGGACAUCGACGCAUCAGGAUGGGGUGGAGGUGUGUGCAUGGAUUUCGACGCCGCGGAUCAAGAACACCGACUCUGCAGCGCGCCGCAGUGUUUUUCUCCGCGUUCGCAAGGACGGAUCCCCGGGCGGCGGCGCUGCGGCCGACGCCGUGCUGCGACGCUUUGUCGAGGACGCGUUGAACUUCUACUUCAUCAACGGCUAUGCUGACACGGAACACUAUGACCUGCGCAUGUACUGCCCCACGGUGACACCCCGACAUGUCAUGGUGAAGAGCGUGCCACUUCCACUCGGGCCGACGCUAGAUACCGUGUUUUUUCCACAGCGCGAGCACGUCAAGUCGUUGCUCGCGCGCUUCGCGGAGAAGACGGGACGCUACGCGAUUCAGGGCUUCCCUCACAAACUUGGGUUUCUGCUGUACGGCCCCCGCGGCACCGGUAAGCGCUCGCUCGUUCGUGCUCUUGCCUACCACACCCACCGCCACAUUGUCCGCAUCCCCCUCUCUAGUUUUAGGCGAGGUGAUCAGCUCUUCAAAAUGUUUUACUUUCAGCCAGUGCUGACGAGCAGCACGGAGGAAUGGGCGCUGCUGAGCAGGAAGAAGGUCAUCUUCCUCAUCGAGGACGUCAACACCAACGACGACCUUGUGCGGGCGCGUGCAAGCGAGCACGUGGUGCGCGUGCGCCGGCCCCGUGGGCUGACGACUUUAAGCUCGCAGCAGGCGGCCACAGAGAGCAGUGGCGCCAAGGAGCUCGCCGCUGCGAAGCCAGCGUCGCAGGACUGCAUCUCCCAAGCGAGUGUGCAGGAGACAGUGAAGGUGGUUACCCGAACAAUCGAACGGGUGCCGCCGCCGACGUCGACGUUAGACGCGGCUGGUUCUGGAAAGUCGCUUGUGUGCCAAGAAAAUGGUGAGGACAGACUCAGCCUCUCCUCCUUGUUGAAUAUCCUGGAUGGUGCAGUGGAAGACUCGGAUCGGAUUGUGGUGAUGAUCGCGGAUCACCCGGAGCACCUCGACCCCGCACUGCUUCGACCAGGGCGCCUCGCGACGCAUCUCCGAUUCGACUACAUCGAGCUGGACGAUCUGAUCCGUCUUUGCGGGCUCUUCUUCGGCUCCGAGUGCGCCGAAGCGCCAGGUACUCUGACUGCCACCGGGGAGGCGACCCGACAGAAGGCGGCGACGGGCUACAGCUAUGGUCGCAUGGAAGCCUCUGCUGCCACUCCGCCGCAGAAAGUUCACGAUGGUUUACUGGAGGUGAAUGAAUGCCGUCGCGCCGAGCUGCCACCGGCUGUCGCACGCGCUUUGAAGGACACAGGGGACGACGCGUGUCGUCUGCAGUGGCUGCGUCAGGGGCUCUCCGCAUCGGCGGCGGAUGCGAAAGUCAAGAAUAAGGUUAUCCAUCAUCUCUCCAGAAAGCAAGCGGCCCAGGUGCGCUCGUGCAUCGCAGCCUUGGAGAAGGAGGCGUCUUCGCAAUCGCCUCAAGCUCGAGAGAGAACGCCAUACAACUUCUUGAUAACGCCGUCGCAUGUGCAUCACCUGUGCAUGCACGCCGCUGGCCUGAACGACUUCCUUGAAGCCCUCUCUGCGUAUAUUCGUAACGAGAGCAGCAGUGGAGCCGGCAUCAAGUGCAGCUCAGACUAG